AUGACACACUAUGGGUAUGGUAACAACCGAACAACGUCGUCCGGCUUUGGCCAUCGUGCUAUGCAUGCUCCAGCCAUGGUCAACGUCAACGACGGGGUGGGAUCGAGCUGUAACCACUGCAGUAGUACAAAACUACCCUCACCGCAGACCGCUCGCCCAGCUCAAAUGCCAAUAUCGCCAGCUUCGUCUUCACUAGCAAGGGGCCCACCACGAAAGCCGAAACGAUCAGGACAUGCCGUCUGGGUGGGGAACAUCCCGAUGGGUGCUUCGAUUGAGGCUUUGAAAGACCACUUCUCACAUGAAGCCAUCAGGGACAUCGAAAGUGUCUUCCUGAUGGCGAAGUCAAAUUGUGCUUUCGUCAACUAUGACACAGAGGAUGCUUGCGUAGCAGCCGUGGAGAGGUUCAACCACUCUUUGUUCGGCUCUGUGCGACUGCUGUGCCGCUUGAGGAGAGAGCCAACAGUCCCACGGGAGACGUCUAGCUCUAGCAGGUCUUCACUACAAAGCGAUAGCCCUGUCAGCUCUGUCAGGGAUGCGAGCUCGAUAAUGACUGGGUCAUCCGAUAGCAUGUCGUCAAGCCUGAAUGGGCUUGGCAUACAGCACGACAGCGACACCAAGCCAGAGGACGGCGUGCAGGAGGAAACGACACUUGCUACCAGCCUUCCAUCAAUGCCCAAAGAUAGAUACUUCGUCGUUAAGAGUCUGACAAAGGAAGAUCUGCACAACAGUCUCCAGUUUGGAACAUGGGAGACGCAACCACACAAUCAACGGGCCUUGGACGAUGCCUUCCGCGAGGCUGAGAACGUCUACAUGAUCUUCUCUGUCAACAAGUCUGGUGAGUAUUUUGGCUACGCUCGAAUGCUCUCUUCGCCGUUGGGACAUUCACCGCCACAACUGACUAGUGAUACCUCCACCACUACUCCGUCAAAGCAGAACGACACCUUGAAGAUCACCGAAACAGCGGCAACAUCCACCGCGGCCCCAGGCUACAUCAUAGAUGACACCAUCCGCGGCACUAUGUUCUGGGAAGUACAGCACGAGGAUAAUGGUAUUGUGUCCAGCACUAUGAGCGCCCUCGAUCGGGCAGAGCAAGAUGGUCACGUUAGAAGUAGGCCGUUCAAGGUGGAAUGGCUGUCAGUCAGAAAAGUGACGUUCCAGCGGACGAAGGGCAUCAGAAACCCUUGGAAUAACAACAAAGAGGUGAAAGUCGCGAGAGAUGGGACGGAGUUGGAAACUGAGGUCGGGAAGAAGAUUGUGGCGCUUUUUAAUGAGAGUCAUGAAGAUGUGAUGAGGAAGGCGUAA